UCUUAAUAAAUGGUUUUGCAUCAUUUUCAGGUCUGAACCUCAAGCUGGAUACGAUACGAAACCUUGAUGAGAUAAAAUCUAAGCUUUGAGCCAUGAUUCCCGUGACGGAGUUCCGGCACUUCAUGGAACAGCAGCCGGCGUUCCGGGUGCUGAAGCCGUGGUGGGACGUGUUCACGGACUACCUCUCUGUGGUCAUGCUCAUGAUCGGAGUGUUCGGGUGCACGCUGCACGUAAUGCAAGACAAAAUCAUAUGCCUUCCGGAAAGAAAGCUUCCGCCAAACCAUACUGUGGCCUUGUCAAAUCAUCUAGACGCAACAUCUGCCAACUCCCCUUUGGCUCCCAUACCAGGAAUCAGCGAAGUGAAGGGCCUAAAGACCAAUCUGGACCUUCAGCAGUACAGCUACAUCAAUCAGAUAUGCUACGAGAAGGCGCUGCACUGGUACGCGAAGUACCUCCCUUACCUGGUGCUCAUACACACUCUGAUUUUCAUGGUCUGCAGCAAUUUCUGGUUCAAGUUUCCAGGCUCCAGUUCCAAAAUAGAGCACUUCAUUUCCAUCUUGGGGAAGUGCUUUGACUCGCCUUGGACCACGCGGGCUCUGUCCGAGGUGUCGGGGGAAAAUCCGGAGGAGAAGGACGACGCAAAGAAAAUCGUCAACAAACACAACAUACACGGGGGCACAGCUGAAGGCAACCUGGAAAAAGCCCAGUCCCUCAGGUCCAUUCCGGAGAAGGUGGUUGUGGACAAGCCGGAUGCAAGCGUCUUGGACAAGAAGGAGGGAGAACAAGCCAAGGCCUUGUUUGAAAAGAUUAAAAAAUUCCGCCUCCACGUGGAGGAAGGGGACUUGCUUUACAUGAUGUAUGUUCGCCAGAAUGUACUCAAAGUGCUCAACUUCCUCCUGAUCAUCGCUUACAACACUAUGCUGGUGUCCGAGGUGCAGGUCAUCGUGAAUUGCGAUGCUGAUAUUCAGGACAUGACUGGUUACAAACACUUCUCGUGCAAUCACACCAAGGCCCACUUGUUUUCCAAGCUGGCUUACUGCUACCUGUGCUUUGUGGGCGUCUAUGGAUUCACGUGCCUUUACACCCUUUACUGGCUGUUUCACCGCUCCCUCAAGGAGUACUCUUUUGAGUACGUUCGCCAGGAGACGGGGAUUGACGACAUUCCCGAUGUAAAGAAUGACUUUGCCUUCAUGCUGCACAUGAUCGACCAAUACGAUCCGCUGUACUCCAAGAGGUUUGCGGUUUUUCUGUCGGAGGUCAGCGAGAACAAGCUGAAGCAGAUCAACCUCAACCAUGAAUGGACAGCUGAGAAGCUCCGCCAGAGGAUGCAGACCAACAGCAACAACAGGUUGGAGCUGCAGCUUUUCAUGCUGUCCGGCCUCCCCGACACCAUCUUCGAGAUCACCGAACUCCAGUCUUUGAAGCUGGAGAUCAUUAACAAUGUCACCAUACCAGCAUCAAUCUCUCAGCUGAAGGAUCUUCAGGAGCUGUCGCUGUACCAGUGCUCCCUCAACAUCCACAGUGCUGCCGUUGCCUUUCUGAAGGAGAACCUUAAAGUAUUGCAUGUCAAGUUUGAUGACAGCAGGGAGUUGCCAUCUUGGAUCUACAGCCUACGUAACUUAGAGGAGUUGUACCUCAGUGGGUCCUUCAGCACUGACAUCUCUAGAAAUGUCAACCUUGAGUCGCUGCGUGAACUCAAGUCCCUGAAGACCCUUUAUCUGAAGAGCAACCUGUCCAAGAUCCCUCAGUCCAUCGUGGACGUGUCCAGCCAUCUGCAACGCCUCUUCAUACAUAAUGAUGGAACCAAGCUGGUCAUGUUUAACAACCUGAAGAAGAUUGUCCACCUGGUUGAACUGGAGCUUGUGCACUGUGAGCUGGAGAGGAUCCCUCAUGCCAUCUUCAGCCUCACCAACCUGCAAGAACUGGACCUCAAGGAUAACAACCUCAAGUCAAUUGAGGAGAUUGUCAGCUUCCAGCACUUGCGAAAGCUCACCUGUCUGAAGCUGUGGCACAACAGCAUAACCUACAUCCCUGAGCACAUCAAGAAGCUGGGCAGCCUGGAGCGCCUUUACUUCAGCCACAACAAGAUCGAGGUUCUUCCCUCCCACCUCUUCCUCUGCCACAAGUUGCGCUACAUGGACCUGUCCAACAAUGAAAUCCACUUCAUUCCUCCUGAGAUCGGUGUCCUGCAGAGCCUUCAGUACUUCUCAGUCUCCUCCAACAAGCUUGAGAAUCUCCCCGAUGAGCUUUUCUUCUGCAAGAAGCUCAAGAUCCUCAAGUUAGGGAGGAAUCUUUUGACCACUUUGUCCCCAAAGAUAUCCUAUCUGGUGUCGCUGUCACACCUGGAACUCAAAGGGAACCAUUUUGAAAGCCUCCCACCAGAACUGGGCUUCUGCCGCGCUCUGAAGAGCAGCGGUCUUAUUGUGGAAGACACCCUGUUUGAAACACUGCCUUCUGAGGUCAGGGAACAAAUGGGAGCAGAGUGAUGUCUCCCAAACGCCACAUGGCUUCGGAUGUGGCUGCUAAAGAUCAGCAUUUUGUUCAGUUUAUUAUUAAACCAAAGUAUUGUAUGCUGUGUAUAAUUCAGGGGAGGGGGUGUAGCGGAGCGUGUUGAUAUCCCACACAGGAAUGAUUAGGGAACCAAACUAAAGGGUGACGGGUUCGAGCCCAGAUCUCUUUACCUGAGGAGAGGAAGGUGAAUGACUCUAGCAUAAAAGGAUAGAUGUUAAACCAUAAGCUAUUUAAAUGCCGCUGGAGGAACAGCCUGACUGCUGAAAUAUAACCACAUUGCCUUUUAAAAGUGAAGGGGGCAUUUUUUUAAACACCGCGAGAGACCGAGCGAGAUGAAAUGAGGUGGACGUGAACAUCUAGCCAAUAAAAAUUGUUAUUAUUAAUAACUAUUGUUUCUAACACCAGAUCUGUUCCAGUAGGGAUUAUUCCACCAUGAGGUUUCUUGGUCUUGAAAGUCUUCAAGAAUGUGUAUUUAUUUAUGUAUGGAAAAAAUGUCACCGGUCAAUUUUUUUUCCCCUCUCUUCAUGCAUUAUAUGUGUAUUAUUAUGUCUUACGUAUGUUCACUGAACAGGUAGCAGUUGCCAACAGAAGACUCCUUUUAUUUAUCCAUUCCGGUCUUGACGUGGUCUCAAAAAUCAAAGCUUGCGUGUGCCCCAUUUCCGUUCCCCAAGAUCUCUUCGAAUUGAAAUAAUACAUUUCGUGAUUCAAUCCAAAUGUAGCCCGUGACCUUACUGUUUGCGCAAAAUUUGAAACGACUAAAAAUGAAAAUAAUUU